AUGCCUGAUAGUGCCACCGUUACCACACCAAGAGCCUUGUCAUCCCAAAGCCACCUGUCGGCUCCGGGGCCCCUGAACUCUCAACCCAUCGUCGGGGCGCUGGCGCUGAGCGGUUCCCAAUACCAGCUCCACCACUCUUCUUCGAGCUCGUCCCCCAACAAUAAGGAUCUUCCUCGCCGUCUGAGUUUUGGUUUCAACAACUUCAUAUCUACUUUUACAAACCGUUUUCAAGACAUGUCGAACUCCCCAACUAUUGGCAAUUUCCAAGACUUUGCAUCCAGGGAUCACCGUGACAUCACCCUUACCAAUCAUCCUGGUAUUCCUCGACCUCAAAGCGCCCGCACUCAACUGGCCCCACAUCAACAUACUUCAGCUCUGUCAGAGGAUAGCAAUUUAAUGGAGGAGCUGCCACAAUUCACACAGAACGGCACCGCCGAACCGGAAUAUUCUACUGGCGAUCUGACAUCUUCUGGAGUGCCAGUGAGCCAACCCGUGGUCGCCCAAACGUCCCCGCCUUCCAUAACACAAAAUGUUCAAACGAUUCCCGAAUCUGAAUCCACAGCUCUGCCGAUAGCGUCACCUACAGCAGAACCGACGUCACAGCUUGAUAAGGAUGGCAACUACAGCAUUCGCCUUACGCCAUUGAUUGACCAUUCAUCCCUGAGUCUGGGUCUUUACUUUUCGCCAGUCAUACGUAAGAUCCUUCCAAAACUGCAAAUAUCUAUUGGGAGAUACACCGAAAAGAACAAGGCCGCUGCUCAUGCACCUCAAGGCUCGCUGGCGCCUAUCGUGUUCAAAUCUAAAGUUGUUUCGAGAACCCAUGCACUCUUUCAGUGUAAUGAGGAUGGUCAGUGGUUCUUAAAGGACUGUAAGCUGUCUCUGGGGACAUUUCUUAAUCAUAUCCGUCUUUCAAAAGCGGGCGAGGAGCUGAUGCUCAUGCCUUUACUAGACGGUGACAUCAUACAAUUGGGGAUGGACUAUCGAGGUGGGACAGAAGAAGUAUAUCGCUGUGUCAAAAUGAGAUGUGAGUUCAACAAGCUGUGGCAACGGAAGGUGAAUCAAUUCAAUUUGGAGAUCCAUAAGAAAAUGCAGAGUUUAAGCUUACUGCAGAACAACAAUCAAGCUGAUCCAACAGAAUGCGCAAUUUGUUUGAUGCGUAUUGAACCCUGUCAAGCUAUAUUCAUGAGCCCUUGCUCUCAUCUGUGGCACUACAAGUGUAUUCGCCCAAUUAUCAUAAAACUGUAUCCUCAGUUUUAUUGCCCUAACUGCCGAACUAUGUGCGAUCUAGAGACGGAUAUUGAGGACGAUGAUUAA